ACAAGUCCCUGGCGUUCAACUCUACCACCUUAAGUGAGGUGAACCUUUCUUCCAACAAAAUAGCCACUAUCGACCCCACUGCCUUCCAAGGUGUGUCAGGGGCGGUGAACAUCAUCUUGAAGGACAACAGUCUGACUCAGUUGCAGGAAACUCCCUUCCUUGAGUUGCUGAAAGGGAACGACGGGGAUCAUUGA